CUUGACCAGGGUUACGUUCCAGGUAUUUUUGGUGUAUCACACGUAGCACUGCAAUUCAUGGCCUAUGAGGAGCUGAAGAAAGGCUACAGUCAAUAUUUUGGAACACCAAUCAACAAGAAGCUGGUGAAUACUGUCUGCACGUGUCUGUAUAGUUGAUUGUAUACGUGUUAAAGCUCACAAAUUCAACUGAGUUAACAAACAAGAAACUCUUGGUCUUAAACCUUGACAUACAAAACAUGUGAAGUGCUUUUACUCUGAUCAUGUUAAUAGCUUAGGGUGGAUGACUGAUGUGUUGUCAUUACUGAAACGAAACUUUACUCUCAACUCCCCUCUCCACCCAGAAGGAUUGAUAAGAACCAACCUUUGUCCCCCCCCCUCCCCAAGAUUGACUGACAUCUAACUUCUCCUUACAAUAUCUAAUAUACAAUACCUCUGAAUCACACAUGGAGGUCAUGAGAAUAGAGGAAAUAUUCAGCCACCGAAAAAGUUCUUGACUGUUUAAGAAAUUCUCCUUGUCAGUAUCUUUGGAAAUGUACAGAGAACAGUAUGGAGAAUAUGGAUACUGAUGAUAGGGUGUAAAGGGUCAUCACGAACACGUGUAAUGGCCAGUGGCGAAUGUAAAAAAAGAGAACAUGAGAGAGGGAAGGGUGGGGAAGUUUUUGGCUUCUCAUCUUGAGUAGUCAUCCUCCAUGACGAGCUUCAGCAUUUUGAAGCUACAACUGACGCCCAAAAUACAACCUCUAUUACCUUUGUUGUACAUGUGGCUAGUAGGAAGGUACUAAUAGGAUGACGUUUAUUAUUCUGUAACCAUGGGUUAUCUUGGGAAUCACUCUGAAAUGCUGAAAAUACAGUAGUUAUUAUUAUUUUUUUUAAUAUAAAGUGUUUUCCUCUCUAAUUUAUGUUUGGCUAACUUUCAUUUUCUCCAUAGAGUUCAACUGAGUACCUUGUAAUGGCUUCACUGUCGAAAAUUUUCGCCGCAACAGCGACAUAUCCGUAUCAAGUGGUUAGAGCAGGACUUCAGGUUAGAAUGGGAGAUUCAUUAGCAAAUUGUUAACCUUUUGAAAUCGAUUUUGUUUUACUUUUGUAUGCUAUUAUCUUGAAAUAAACUUGUAGUUUAAGGUUAUUUUUAGUUUUCAGGCCGGUAAUCUCAUCAGUUGGUUUACUGGACCCUAGGUUGAUGUGGCCUGUGCUCGAGCCUCCAGCCUCAGCUAGGUCACUGUGCUGGUUCCUUGGGAAAAGAUUCGUUAGCCCCACACAUCCCCCCUCCCAGUGGUUCAAAUGGGCACUAACAAAAGGCUAGGGGAACCCCACAAUGUGGAUAAAUAUCAAUUCUCAUGAAGGAGAGAAGCUUUCACCCUCUUUCACUCUUUUCAUUCCUCCUAAGAAUCAAGGAUCCAAGAUGGUCAUGGGAACGCAUGGCGUAAAGUUUUUGAUUCUGUGCCUAUAAAAUUAGCUAAAACCAAUUUUAAUUUAAUUUUAAUUAUAUUUAAAAAUAUAUCAGGAGCUGUCUCUAAGCAAGUCUGUUUUGUUAAAUCGUUCAGUAUUUACUGUUUCCUGCUGUCAUUUAUUGUUCAUGAAUUUUACUUUUCUAAAGAAUCAGUACACGAUGGUCGAAUACAAAGGCGCGUUGGAUGUGAUUAGUAAGACUCUCAGGUAAGUUGGAACUUGAUAUGAGAACUUAAAGUUUUCGAUACGUCACAGACUAGCUUUCCAUCUCUAGUUUCAAACCCUCUACAUUAAAUAGAGGUACAUGUUUUGCCCGUUUGAAACAAAUUGACAAAGAACUGGACCAAAAUUGGCGGAGAACUGAAACCAGCUUGUUUGAGUACUGGAUCCAAUUUUCGGAUUCACUUACGGCUUAGUGGUAAAGUCCACAUUUUCAUGAAAGAAGGUAUUCUUUUUCUGGCCUCUUCUUACGGCAGGUUCUUUUCAAAAUCUUAGGCAUGAAGGAGUAACAGGAUUUUACAAAGGAUUAAUUCCCAGUGUCCUCAGGUAAGGAAGAAUGUUAAAGAUAAAUUUGAUGAUGUAAGUAGAUUUGCUAGUUAGUUUUAUGUGUUAAACCGCAAUGAAUAAUCUAGAAUUGGCCAAGAGGGCUUAGUGGGCUCCCAUCUUUAAUUUUAGGUGGCGCUUCUUAAAGAAAAAGGGUCUUAAGAGAUGGGGUGUACCCCAUAAGGUGUUGAACUUAUUUGCACAUUCUAGUCUGUGAGAAACUGGGGAGAAGAGACUGGUGAUAGAUACAUUAAGAGGCUACAAAAUUCGGAGUAGGUGUCGUGUCAUUGUUUUCGUCAGUUACUUGUUCGAAUACUGUGAAAUAAUUAAGAUACUUAUCGUUAUCACAAGUAUUUGUGCGUUAGUGUAAGUUUUAGCGGUUUUCUGUUUUUUUUUUUCCAAAUUUCGGAAAUCUAGCAAAGAAGCGCUUUAGAAGAAACCCUGAAACCCUGUAAUCUAUGUAAGAACGUUCAUUGUUGAUUUUACUGUGUAUUGUGUGUUUGAUUGUUCUUGAUUUUGGUUCUUUUCAGAGUAACGCCAGCACGUGCACUCACAUUUGCGGUGUACGAAAACGUUAUUCACUUCCUUCUGCCGAACAGAUGA